AUGAUCCUCACACAGCCCGCUCUUCUCUGCACACUGCUAAUAUGCACGGUAGCGUCUGUUGCGCUCCCACUGGACAUAGGACUCGACCUGGAGGGAAUGAGCAACAAGCUCUGCUCUAGCUCCAUCGCCGUCGCGAAUCCGUACCGGCCAUCGGACGUUCGGAGGGAGCGCACCAUGAAGCAGAACGGAAAAAUUGUGUAUUUCGAGUCAGUGCAGGGGCCCGGCCCCGAGCAUGAGGACCCCGAUGAAGAACUGGAUUCGGAGCCUAUCCCUCCAGAGAAAACUAGGUAUGUGACUAGCUAGUGGGUCCGUGUAUCGGGAGGUAGUGCGAUUAAAGCAUCGGGAAGUAGUGGACGACCGAAGAGACCGAAGGGCAUGGCGAAAUUGACUAAGAACCGGAAGACGAAUGAUUAG